CUGUAACGUCACCGCCAGUGAGUGGGAGCUCUGAGGAUGUUCCAGCAAGCUGGAAGGGAGCACAUUCACUGGGAAUUUACGCUGAGAGCUCAGCCGUUGUCAGCUGUGCAGUAAGCAGAGGGAGAGCUUUUCCACAACCCACCGCCGAUUCCUUCUCCAGCUCCAGCCAUGAAUUAUUUGCGACGGCGUCUCUCGGACAGCACUUUUAUCUCCAACCUGCCCAAUGGCUACAUGACGGACCUCCAGAGGCCUGAUCCUGCUCAGCCUCCUCCAGCCGCCAACGCCGUCCCUGCCAAGUCCCCCACAGCCGGGCCCACGCCUCCAGCCGCUUCCCCUGCUCAGGAGAAAAAAGCUCCGCCACCUCAAUCGAGCGGAGCUGGUUUCUUCAGCUCCAUCACCAACGUCGUCAAGCAGACGGCCGCCUCAGCGGGGCUAGUGGAGCAAAGCUCAGUCACGACACCCAAGAAGUUCAAGAUUCUGCUGGUCAUCGACGAACCGCAGCAAGAGUGGGCCAAGUUAUUCAGAGGCAAGAAAAUCUAUGGAGACUAUGACAUCAAAGUGGAACAGGCGGAAUUCAGUGAGCUCAGCAUCAUGGCUCAGGCCAAUGGGACAUGCAGUGUUACGAUGCAGGUUUUCAGAAAUGGCACCAAGGUUGUCAGGUCAUUUAAGCCAGACUUUGUGCUUAUUCGCCAGCACGCCUUCAGUAUGACCCAGAAUGAAGAUUUCCGCAACCUCGUAAUCGGUCUGCAGUACGGAGGUGUUCCAAGCAUUAACUCAUUGGAGUCCAUCUACAAUCUGUGUGACAAGCCCUGGGCGUUUGCUCAGCUGAUUAACACAUUCAGGAAGUUGGGUGCUGAUAAGUUUCCACUGAUUGAGCAGACCUUUUACCCAAACUACAAAGAGAUGGCGAGCUUGCCGUCCUUCCCUGUGGUUGUCAAGAUUGGACACGCCCACUCUGGCAUUGGAAAGGUAAAGGUUGACAAUCACAGUAAGUUCCAGGACAUAGCCAGUGUCGUGGCUCUCACCCAGACAUACAGCACCACUGAGCCUCUCAUUGAGUCCAAGUAUGACAUCAGGAUCCAGAAGAUCGGCGCAGACUACAAAGCCUACAUGAGAACAUCUAUGUCAGGCAACUGGAAGACCAACACCGGCUCGGCGAUGCUGGAACAGGUGGCCAUGACUGACAAAUACAAGCUGUGGGUUGACACGUGCUCAGAGAUUUUCGGGGGUCUGGAUAUUUGUGCAGUCAAGGCCAUUCACGGGAAGGAUGGAAGAGAUUACAUCACAGAGGUGGUGGGCUCAUCCAUGCCCCUGGUGGGGGAGCACCAAUCCGAGGACAGACAGCUCAUUUCUGAUGUGGUGCUGACUAAAAUGAAUCAGAUGGUGGAGAGGGAGGCAAACACUCCCCGAAAACCCAUGACCACACAACCGUCCCAGGGUACAGGGCAGAAAGGGGAUAUAAUCGGUGAGAGCAUGAAGAACGGUGCCUGCCGUCCCCCUCAAGGUUGUCUGCAGUACAUCCUCGACUGUAAUGGUGUGGCUGUGGGUCCGAAACCCGUGCAGGCCAACUGAGUGAGCCAGGAGGAGACGCAGGGAGCUCUCAGAAUCAACCUUAAGAUGAACACAAACGUGUGUGGAUGCCGAUAGCUAGGAUCACAACUGGGGGACGGGGUGCUCGGCUCAUUGCAGCCGAAUGGUGCCCUGGACUGUCUUUUUAACUCUAUGCAGAGUUCUAAUGUACUGUCUAUUUGUUGAUUUGUGCGCUUGUAUCGGUCACCUAUGUUUCAAUAGCUGUGGAUUUUCUUUAGAGCUGCUGUGGAUGAUGUAAGAAGCAGAUUGUGCCUACACUGAGUUCAGUGCCGCUCUGUGCUACUUGUUUGACCAGCUGUGAGCCUUUAAUUUGAACCUUUUCUGUUUUAUACUUGGCCUUGUAUCUUUCAGUAGUGUUCAAACUGUGGAACAUACGGUAGUUCUUAAUAUUCAUACGGUAUGGCUUUGGUUAUUAUUUUCGUACAUAUAACCAUAGAUAUUUAUUUUUGUUUUGCAUGACUGAUACCUAAGAGUGAAAUUCUUGUAACAAUGUGGUUAUCUGUAAUACUUGCAAAUGUGUCAUCGCCACUACAUACACGCUCACUACCAAACAUGCAAUAACACACUGAUCUCCAACAAAGGUAUACACAGUUUGGAUUUUUUUUUUUAAAUCUAUCACUUCUAUUGUCUUGUCACAGUGAUGGAGAAAAAAAAAUAUUUAUUGAAAAUGAAAUGUGUAAUUAAAAUCCAAUAUGUUAGAUUAUAUCAUGAAGGAGGUUGUGCAGGUGUCAUUGCACACACAUUUUAAAUAUAUUUUUACAAUUUUGAACCAAAGAUAUGAUUUGAAUUACUGCAGUACUUAUUUACCCCAUGGUGCAAAUAUACUCGUAAGGUUCCAAAUAAUCCUACAGUUGGACAUGACAGACGCACCCUCAAGCAAGGAAAUAAAGCUGUAUUCAAUAGGUGUUCUCUGUUUACAGCUUCUUAGAAUGUGUCCAAAGUAAAAUCCACCACAAAAUGUCCUUCUGUGGUCAUGCACUGGGUAUCUGUAAUGGCGCUUCCAUGACAACAGUGCAAGUGCUCUGAGCGUUAGCUUUGACUUGUUCCUGCUCAAUUUACCACCCUCCCCACUCCCCCGUGAGUAGAUCCAAAGUGCAAUAUUUAUUUCUAUUAUAAUAAUGAUAAUAAUAAUAAUUAUUAUAUAAUUAAUUUGAAAUCAUCAUCAAUCUCUUCCAUGCAAUUGAUUCCAAUAGUUAUUGUCAUCCAAAGCAUUCCCUGGCAAAUGUCACAACUGGUUGUUUCUUGUCCUGUGGCCCAUUCCGUUUCAAGCUAAAUGGUGAUGCAACUGAAAUUGCAACCUGAACAAAGAAAUGUGCACAGAGAACUACCAUGAUAAAAAGAAAUCUGUUGUGCAAGCUCUGUGUGCAGUGGUUUUCCAAGUUGUAUCAAGUGUUUCUGUGAGUGUAUCCUUGUACAAGCCAUGCCUGAGGCUUUAUGGAUGUGUCGUACUGUUUACUAGGGAAUAUGCCAUGACAUUGAUUUCAAUGGGAGCACACGUUGCAGUACCAAGAGUCCGACUGAUGAAAGUGGACGUGCUUUUUGGCCUAAUUGUUCAGAUAAAAGCUAUUUAGACCUGCCUGACUGCAAAUGUGAAGGGUCAUCGUCGGCAAAAAGUGCUGCUGGACUGUUUAAACCUCGACUGGAAGACAAUAUACUGUGGAAAGAUCCAUAAAGUUUAGUCCCCUCUGUCAAUGGCAAUAAAGGUUCCUUUGCACUGGAGGAAAA